UGCUGAGACAGACUUUUCUCUCUUUCCCCUGGCACGGCCGCCUGCCCGCCGACGGUCCCUGGGCUCCUCCUGUCAGACCGGACACAGCUCUGGACUUGGUAGUUGGGAGUUUCUGUUUGUUUUCUUCCCCUAACUCUCCAUUGACGUGCGGUGCCUCAGGAGGACUUCUACCUCCACUUAAAUCAUGUUGGCGUCCCAAGGAGUCUUCCUCCAUUCCUACGGGGUCCCCAUGAUUGUGCCUGCCGCCCCCUACUUCCCCGGACUGAUUCAGGGUAAUCAGGACGCGGCGGCUGCCCCGGACACCAUGGCUCAGCCUUACGCCUCAGCCCAGUUCGCCCCGCCUCAGAAUGGCAUCCCCGCGGAAUACACGGCCCCGCACCCCCACCCCGCGCCCGAGUACACGGGCCAGGCCAGCGUCCCCGAGCACCCGCUAAACCUGUACCCGCCCGCCCAGCCGCACCCCGAGCAGAGCGCGGACUCCAGCGCGCAGACCGUCUCCGGGACCGCCACACAGACAGAUGAUGCAGUACCCACAGACGGCCAGCCCCAGACACAACCUUCUGAAAACACAGAAAACAAGUCUCAGCCCAAGAGGCUUCAUGUCUCCAACAUCCCCUUCCGGUUCCGGGAUCCUGACCUCCGGCAAAUGUUUGGUCAAUUUGGUAAAAUCUUAGAUGUUGAAAUUAUUUUUAAUGAGCGAGGCUCAAAGGGAUUUGGGUUCGUAACUUUCGAGAAUAGUGCCGAUGCCGACAGGGCGAGGGAGAAAUUACACGGCACCGUGGUAGAGGGCCGUAAAAUCGAGGUAAAUAACGCCACUGCACGGGUAAUGACAAAUAAAAAGACCGUCAACCCCUACACAAAUGGCUGGAAAUUGAAUCCUGUUGUGGGUGCAGUCUACAGCCCUGAAUUCUAUGCAGGCACGGUUCUGUUGUGCCAGGCCAACCAGGAGGGAUCUUCCAUGUACAGUACCCCCAGUUCACUUGUAUAUACUUCUGCAAUGCCCGGCUUCCCGUAUCCGGCUGCCACGGCUGCGGCGGCCUACCGCGGGGCGCACCUGCGAGGCCGUGGCCGCGCCGUGUACAACACCUUCAGGGCCGCGGCGCCCCCGCCUCCGAUCCCGGCCUACGGCGGAGUAGUGUAUCAAGAGCCUGUGUAUGGUAAUAAAUUACUGCAGGGUGGUUACGCCGCAUACCGCUACGCCCAGCCUACCCCUGCCACCGCGGCCGCCUACAGUGACAGUUACGGACGAGUUUAUGCUGCCGACCCCUACCACCACCCACUUGCUCCAGCCCCCACCUACGGCGUUGGUGCCAUGAAUGCUUUUGCACCCUUGACUGAUGCCAAGACUAGGAGCCACGCUGAUGAUGUGGGUCUCGUACUUUCUUCAUUGCAGGCUAGUAUAUACCGAGGGGGAUACAACCGUUUUGCUCCAUACUAAAUGACAAAACAAAAAAACAACAAAAAAAAACAACAAAAAACAACAACAGAAAAACAAAAAAAAACAACAAAAUAAAAACAACCAUAAAAACCUUCCAAUCGGGGAUGGGGGGAGAGAAAGAAAGGAGAAACUGUCCGAGGCCUGAGCAUUGCAAUAUAUGCAGUCAUGCAUCACUUUAGCAACUCAAAAAAAAAAAAAAGAAGAAGAAGAA